AAAAAAAAAAAAAAAGGGAAUCUCCUAAUCAGCACUUGUUAGGUAAUCUGCCUGGUAAACCCCUACAAUCCCCUAAAGGAACUUUGCAAUAACUAACCUGCUUUUUUGCCAAGGGUAACUUCCUUGUUCCCUCCCUUCUGCUUAAAAGUCUUUCAUUUUGUACAGCUCCUUGGAGCUCCUUUCUAUCUGCUAGAUUGGAUGCUGCCGGAUUUGAAUAGAUUUGUGCCCAAAUAGACUCUUAAAAAUUUUAAUAUGCCUCGGUUUAUCUUUGAACAAAUCUCACCACCCAGAGAUAACCACAGUUAACCAUACGCAUGUUAUGGAUACUUUCUGUGCCAAUAAAUACAGAAAAAGUUUAUAUGAAUGUUUUACAUGAAUGAAUGCCUCCACAGUGUAUUUAAAGAAGAUUGAUGAUUACCCACAGUUUUUGAGUCCACCAGAUAGAGAAACCAACCAACAUAUUCGUAUCAUCCAUUCUUCAACUGUUUUGAAAAAAGAGUGUGAAAAAUCUAAAGGCAUCAAGAAAUUCUCAUUUCCAUUUCAUCAUGCCAGUUCUGACAACAAAAAAGAAGAGAUUAAUGGCCCUGUCUCUUGGAGUGGCAAAGAGCCCAGAAAUUUGAAUGAAUCCUCUCUCAGGUGCCACCAGGCGAGCAGCACACCAUCCAAGGACUCAACCUUCUGUCCCCCUUCAGACCUCGGGAAGCUGUCUCUUCAUGGCCCAAGUGCCUUCCGACCCUUACCUACCCCCUCCAGGAGGAGCUGUCCAUCCACAGCAGCCCCUGGAAGGGCUGUCAGCUUGCCAUCUUGCACAACCAACACAAAAGAACCCAAGGGACUUCCAGAUCACAGAGGUUCUCUAAGUGAAAUCCCUUUCAAGUGCAAUGAGAACGGAAAUGAGUUUUACUUAGGAAAUUCCUCGCUGGCCUUCCCUUUACAGAACAAGCCGAACCUAGAGCAGAAGGCUUCAGAACUUCAUUUGUAUGUUAUUUCCACAACCUCAUCAAUAUUUCUGCACUUAAAAAGUUCAUGGAACAAUUAUAUUAUAAAAGCUACUCUUUUACAAGAUCCCCUAUAUGUUAGUGAGCUCGGUUCUGCACCUGGAAGUCAGAAGCCAUAUAGAUCUGAGGAGAAAAUUAAGCACUUCAGUCAACUUAAAUCUGAACUUUUUCUUAAAGACAAUACUUUGCAGAAGAUACUUUGUUUAAUUACGGAACUCAAAGUAGCAGCCCAGAAAAACUUCAUUCUAAAACGACUGUUCUGGAAAACCAGUGAUCUUUUCUAUUUCCUAGUGAAUAAACUUCAUGAAUACUUGCCAGAGUCCAAGGAUAAGAGCACACUUCAAAAUAAGAGCCAAAGGGCUGAUGAGCUGGUAGCAUGCAUUGAAAUUAUACAGACUCUGGGACUGAUGUUCAGAGAAACAGAAACUGAGUCAUCGCGCCUGAACACAUUGGCAGCUAAGAAGGGAAUAUUGUUUAAUCUUCUGGUAAUUUUAAUUAGUGAACCUCAGAUUCCAAAAUCUUGUCCUGUGUUUGAUAUCCAGUUGGUGGCUGAUUCAACUUUAGUUGAGAUGUCUUUUGAUGCUGAGUUACAGAAGCUUAUUGUGGAAUAUACAGAUACAGCUACGGCACUUUUAUAUGAAAUACUUCUUGUCUUUCAGCAGGGAAAUCUUGGAUUGGGAUCAACAAAGUUUGCUAUUAGCUGGAUGAUGUCCUUCCUACAAAGUCAUCCUUCCGUAAUCACUUUCGUGGACAGUAUUGUGAAACAAAUGGUAAAAGGGCUUUCAGCUUCAUUUCAGUUGCUAAGUCCCAGCCAAGCAGUUCUGUUGUAUCAGCAAUUUUACAUCCUUAAGAGCUGCCUGCAGUACAGCAAGACUUUAGCUGAGUAUAUUAGGAAUGAGUACAGAGAAGAAUUCAGGAACAAAACAGUAAGGAAGAGCAGUAACAAGCACUGGUUUCAUCAGCCAGCUUGUUCUGCACCUCAGGGGUUCCUGCUUCUAUUUAUAGGCUGGCAGCCGCUCAGCUCCGCAUUAGCACCUAUCAAGGAAAAAACCCAGCUUGCGUCUGACUUAAGAUGAAAAGGGUACAGCAGGCAUUGCUUUGCCACCAGUUUGGGCACAGACAUAAAAGAAUGUGGAGGCAUACAUUAUGGCCUUAGAUUGGCUCUUUAAAAAAUUUCAGCCCAAUUUGUGGACUCUGUCUUUCCUCCCUGUAGUUGGUUUUACACCAUCGGUUCCACUCCGGCUUCUAUAAAAGGGUUUUGUUUGGCCUGCUCUGAAUUGGUCCACACAACCUAAUUUUUUCCUCAGUUUUUUUUUUUUUAACGUAAAAUUCAUAUAGCAUGAAAUUCACUAUUUUAAAGUGUGCAGUUCAGUCACUUGUAAUCCAUUUCACAAUG